GCGAUUUAUAUUUCACAAUUCAUUUCCACCCAGCCAGGUGAAAUCUAGGCCGCGUUUUCCACUGCCAUUCAACGUCGUUUUGACUUCGGAGACACAAUGGCGACUGGAUUCGAGAAACUCGACAAGCAGCUGGACCGAUUGGAAAAGCUCUUCUCCAAGAGGAAGAAAUCUGCAGAACCUCAGGGCUCGGCUGUCAUCGCGAACAGGCCGGCGACUCCAGUCCCGUUCUUGACCGAGCUGCGCGCAACAUCUCAGAUGUUUCCACAACCAUCAUACAUCAGGCCUACUUCCUCCCGCAUGGUGGCCAGAGAAGAGGUGCUCCUGACCCCGAGCUCGGCCAGGCGGGCUAGGAGCCUGCCAGAGACGCCCAGCACGCCUCGUCUUCCAACCUUGGCGCCGCCAUCUGGCCCCGAGAAAACGUCCGGCACUGAAACCUCUGACGAUUACCCUCGCGCCAGCUCGCGGCUCUCGCCGCUCGGUCCUGACAUCCCUAAGCGGACCUCUUCACUCUUUUCCGGUGGAAGCGCGAAUGACACCAUGUCGGAGCUCCUCGGCUUCACCUUUCCAGCUGUGCCGAAAGCGGCCACCGCCAGUUCAUCGCCAAAGCGGCGUUCCGGAUCUUCCUCGAAGUCGAUGGCGCGUUCCACCUCACGGUCUGUUUCUCCGAAGGGUCAGGUCAAUCGGAGGCAGUACCCUGGUACUGAGGAUGGCUUGUCACUUCCUCAGCAGCAAGACAGCCCCAUUCAGCAAAAUACCGUUCGACGAUACAAGUCGUCAAGUUCCCUCCUGUUCCCGGGAGAAAGCCGUCACGGACAUCUCGGCCAACCCCUGUCUCCCCGGCUCGCUCCCCUGCCCGAGCCUGGGCUGGAUGAGUUGGACAACGGUCACAGCAGCGUGUCCGAGACGCCUAGGAGCUCGUCUGCCUCCCAGACUGCAAUCAAAGAUUACCGGUCGUUGCGCAAGUGUCGCCGCACGUCCAAGCUUCCAAUUGCGAAGCAACCGAGUCAGACCCCUAUACUCAAGGAGCCUACCGUGACUGAUUUCCUCGCUUUGAGCGACGACGACAUCGCCGACGGGCAUACGGCCAUUCGAGCCCACAAUACGAUUACCAACCCUCCAGAGUUCGCGCUCCCACCCGAUCCUUCGCCGACCGCCACGUCCCGCCUGCCCAAGGCCACUUACCCACUACUCACCCUUUCACCUCCGCUCGCUAGCCGGCCUGCCACUGCUGCGGCCUUGGAGGCGGCCAGGAUUGCGUCAAAAUUCCAUUUCGAUCUGGUUUAUGUCGUCAAUUUGUGGCCAAGCCACGUGAGCCGUCCCAGCCGGUCCUCCCCUCUCAGCGAGUUGUGUGGCACCCCCGUCGCGACAUCGGCCCCUCGAUCCGCGACACCGUCCCCACCCGCCACGCCUCUUUCCUCCACCUCAGGGGAUGAUAGCGCAUUUGAAGGCCGGGCCUCGCGCCCCCGUUCCAACCAGCGCAGCGGCAUGACCGGCCGUCUGCUCGCAGCUUACGGCCUGCCCUCGAUCAUGUACCCCUUCCGCAUUUCCGCACCCGUGCAUCAAAAGGUGCUCCGCACCGAAGGAUGGCUGGAGUACCGCAACGAGACGGGCGCCCAGGACGAGUUCGCCUGCGGCUACAGCUGCUCGUUCUACACCGGCUACAGCCCGGCCAGGCGGAGCGAUGCCGACACCGUCACCACGCCCGACGGGAAGCGUAGGAAGCUUAAGGCCAAGCCCGCCAACCGCGGCAUCGUCUUCGCUGCGUUCAGACUGCCUCGCGGAGACGGCUCGCCGGUUGCCAGCGACCCCGACGAGCUCGAGAUGCUGGCCAAGGACGCCGAGGCACUCGUCGACAUGCUCAUCGACACCCACAUGACGCACCGGCAGAGGACCUCGCCGGGCACGCCGCGGCGGUGUGCUGGCACCGAGAACGGGCGGGCGCUGAAGCAGGGCCCGCCGCUGGUUGCUCCUUAGCUGGCAUGGCAUGGCCUCGUUACGGCACCAGUUUUCACCACCAGGGAUUGGGCGGUCGCCUGUAUCCAGCCGCCGGAUUUAGAUCGUUUCGUUUGCAUCACGUUUCAUUCGCGAUUGCACGGCUUUGGGACAGUUUCAUCGGUCAAAGCCAGC